CAAGGCUGGGGGAGCUGAAGACCUUUCAGGGAAGGGCCUCCUCCUUGUAACUGGAGGGACCAUGGCAGUGAAUAGGGGAGUGGAGACCUUCUUAUCUGUCUUCCUGCUGUGCUGCUGGCAAGGCACUGAGCUACAGCCAGUCAAGACAACUUCAGGUCCGAUUACUGAAGGUUCACUCAACUCAACAACUGAAAACAUACCUGAAGCGUUAGAUGAAAUGCUAGCCAAAGAGAUUUUGGAGCCAAAAACAUCAGCAGUGUCUGAAACAUCACCAGGAACAAGAUCAUCGAUACCAACGACAGUACAUACCAAGGAUAUAAAUGCUGGUAUUGAUGAAAACUACCAAGAGGAAGCCUUUGACAACUACCAUGAGUUCCUGGAGAAUUUAGAACACUCGCCUACGAAGAAGGAGAAAAAUGGCAAAAAUGACAGAAGUACGGUUGAGAAUGUUCAUGUCCAUAGCUCUAAAACCAAGCUUGAGCCACACGUGUCUCCUGAAGAAAAGAAGAGUUCAAACGAUGAUGUGUAUAGGAAACUGUCUGUUCUGGACAAACUCCUUGAAAACAUAGGACAAUCUGAAGGCAGCCUGGGGCUUACAGAAAGCAUCUUUUAGGAGGAGAAGAGGACCAAGCCCAGGAGGACAGCAUGGCACAGGUGCUCCUGAGUUUAAAAAGGCAAGGAGACACGGGAGAGCUCCACACCACCCAUCGCCAGGGAAUGUACGCACUCACUGUUAUCCAUUCUUAAAAGAAAAUUGCUUUUUCCA